AAUACAGUCUUUAUCGACCUACAAUUUGUACUCCAAAACACACGCUCAUUUUAGAUGUUUGAUCAAAAGCUUCUCAAUAUGGAUCUUCAUUGGAUAACGGUCGUUUUACUUGUUACUGGAAUGGUAAAUGCACUCAACCUAACAUCGAAUAAUCAACAAUCUGAGAUUGCUAAUCUGAAACAGGAAGUGAACGACUUAACUGCGUCCGUCAGAAACCUUACUUCCGCUCUCAACCACAUGCAGACUGAGUUUCAAAUGUUGAAUAGUACUCUGAACAAGAGACAAUCUGUAGCCUUUUCGGCUUGCCUUGGAUCUUCUGGUAGAACACUUGGACCGCACCAACCUGUUGAGUUUGACAGUGUACUUCUUAACGAUGGUGGGGCUUACGACCCUCGACAUGGAACAUUCCGGGCACCUGUUAGCAGUGAUUAUCACUUUGCUGUGACUUUCCUAAGCAGUCUACCUGCAGCAUCCUGGAUCGAGAUAGUUAGGGAUGGGAAUCAAUUGGUUUAUACCUACGCUGAUGGAAAUGGUAACAAUGUAGGUUCCACACAAGUUAAUAUAAGACUAGAGGCGGGUCAGGACGUGUGGUGUCGCAAUGCUUAUGUAUCUGGUACAAUAACUCUUCACUCAUCAGGAAAAUACUCUUGUUUUUCAGGUCAUAUCAUUUCAUAAAAUAAAGAAAUAUUGUUGGCUAUCAG